AUGUCGUCUGUUAAAAAUAUGAAGCUUAGCAAGAAAAGAAAAAGAAAACAUCUUUCUGAUGAAAAUACAGAUGAAACGAAAGAAACAAAAAAGAAAAAAGAAGAAUUUACUGAAAUCGAGUUUAAAUUAAUGCUUCGGGAUUCCAACACAAUAUUUGUUGGUCUUGAAAGGUUUAUUGAAACUGCACAGCGUUUUCAAGAAGAAGAGUAUGACCUUGUUCUCCAGUACUGCCGGUCAUCUAAUGAUUGUUCAGAGAUAUUUUCUCUCUUAGAAGCAGAGAAACGAAAGCCAGCUGAGGUGGCCUUGAUCUUCAAUACACUGGAAUGCAUCCUAAUCCGAAUAGCUGGUGACCUGGACAAGCUGAAGACUGUCGGGCAGCUGGUUGUACAGCGUCUUGUGGCAUCACACUUGCCGCUGAUUUGCGUCUUUCUCCGCAUGAGCAACAAGUCUACACAGAUCAAGGCUGCCCUGAAGCUUCUGUGUGCCAUGGUGAUGAUUGGAGGCAGCUCGUGCAGGGCGGUUAUAUCCCAGUUCAACUUCAACCACCAGAACAUUACACCACUCUUUAACAGGAGAGACAGAAAGGAUGAUCAAGAUGUGCGAACAUGUUUGGUUCAUUUUGUGAUGGCGUUUUUGUUGGCUGGAGACAAAGGUGUUGUCAGAAAACUAGUGGAACAGAAAACUAUGCUGCAGGGUAUACUGAGAGGGUUACCAGAUGACAAGCUUUCUACCAUACAGCUUGUGAUACCUACAGUUCUUGAAAAGGUAAUUCAGAAUCCAUCAGUAAGCAAGACCUCCAAGGUACAUCUGUUCUCAGAAAACAUUCUUAAACAGCUGAGUGGCAUGUAUGAUUGGCAGGGACCGGGUAGCUGGAAGGAUAAGAAAAGCAGGACUUCUUCAGAGGUGUUAAAUAGUGAAGAUAAAUGCAGUGAUCAAGACUCACAGCUCGUUGCUCACAUGAUCCACACACUGUUUCUUGACCUUUGUUGCUCAUUCAAAAAUGGCAUUUGUUUUUUUGACAAGACAUUUGGAACAUCAGGGAAGAACCAAAAUCUGCUGCUCACCAAGAUGUUCACACAUCUGACGAAGUCUCUAGAAAAGCCACUGUGUAAAGAGCUGAUCACCAAGUUUCUGAUUACGUGUCCAGAUCAGCUGCAGUAUGUCUUGUCAUCACUAGAGAGCUCGUUAACUCCUCGCCCAUCUACCAAAUGGAUUGCAUGCAUGGAUUUCCUAAUUGAGGUUUACACAGAACAGCCACAACUCCCUCCUGUCUUGUCUCAUUGUGAAGGUAGCACUUCUCAGAAAUUAGCUGCCAUGGUUACUGUGUUUUUUCUUCCACCUGAAAAAGUUUUUCAUGCACUUGGUCACAGUCUUAAGCACAAGUCUGCCAUUGUCCGGUGUAAAGUACUGGAACUGUUAAAGUUAACAGUGCAGCAUGCCACUGGGGUCCUGCGACACUGUUCUACUGUUGCGGUGGCAUCAAGUGCUGUAGAUCAGAACUACUGGGCCAGUGUCAUCGAACUCCUUAGACAAAAUCUUCUCAAGUGUCUACCAGAUGACUCUGAACUGUUUGCCUGCUGGAAACAAAUGUCUUCCCAAGAAAACAAUGACAAGGGACUUGAUCCAGAAUUACCUCCCAUUGACCCACUGGAUCAGCUUAUACUGUUGGAGCAGGUUUCUUGUUUGUAUCAAGAUUUAUAUCCCUCCCUCCUGAUUGAGAACCAUCAGUUCCUGACUCUUCUGUUGGACAGUAUCCGAGAACUAGGAGCAGAUUACUCUGGUGGAGAAGCUGAAAAAAGAGUUCUGCCUCAGCUAUAUCUCCUAAAACUGUUAGCAGGAACUGAUGCACGCAAACUGCCAUGGUCUAAAACACUGAAAGAUGGACACACUCUGAUGUAUCUUCUUCUAGACAUGAUGCGGCUGGUGCAGCACAAUAGCCGGCUGAUGCAGAUGACUCAAACACUAAUCUGCAAGCUGUUAGCAAGCACCAAUUUAUUUGAAGGCACAGAGAAAGAGUUGGAAAUUUGGUUCCAGCAUUUUGCUAAACACCUUACACUGAGCCAGUCUACAGUGAUGUUGAAGUUCAUGGCUCAGAUACUGACCACGUUCGUUAGCAAUCCGUUCCCUUACAUUGAAAAGGUAACCGAGUUACUGGCAGAGAGCACGUCACAGCUGGACACUAGUGGUGCCGGUGAUACGAGGAGCAUUGGCACGGCAGAAAGUGUUAUUGAUGCUAUCUUGGAAAUGGAAGAAGACGACUUCUUGAUGUUGGACAAUUCUGAUUCCCAUGAAAUGACCAAUUCAGAUUCUUCACCAAGGCUUCCUUUUAGUCCAGUUGUUUUGGUUUCCUUGGAAACAUUGGAAUCAUCUGAGGAGUUUAAGACAUCUGUUGCAUUGCGUGAUCUGCUGUGUUCAGUAUUACUUGAUGUCUUUCACACUCAACUGGACCCGUCCCCUCUUAGUGUGUUACUGGAACAGCAUCUGUCGGUGUUUGGAAAGACAAGUGAAAUCAUCUAUAUCACAUCAUGGAGUCCAAACAAGAAGGCAAGCUCAUGGAAGCCAUCAAAGGAAGUAAGACUUGCCAAGUCUGUGAGUAAACUGUUGAUGUGCCUGCAGGCCACUAGUUUUGUGAUGGAUAGCAAGUUUCAAGAAAGACUGAUCAGUGCAGUUGCUAUUCUAUCAGUGCAGGACUCUGUGAAGGUUGUUCAACAGAUUCUGCUUUUUGUCAGGAAAAUCAUCGACAGAUUCGAGCAGAUGAAUGAAAAAGGACCUGUCUUACUGAAAAUGCUUUUUGGUCUUUUAAAAGAAAUUAAGGAACAUUUACUGAAGUUUACAGAGAAUAGAACAGUGUCCAAUAACGUUUCUGAGAUGAGCGAGUUUGAUAUGCUGGAUGUUAAAGAAGCUACAGCAAAUGAAGCCUUGAUAGAUUUUGUGAAGACCGUUGUGGAUCAUCCUUAUAUAGAGAAAUGGUUUCUCUUUAACCGUGGUAUUUUGAAUAGCACCAAGAUGAAACCUGACUCUGAAAGACUGCUGACCCAAUUGGUCACUCAACAACUAAUGCAGGUGUUGGAUGGUUUGCCAUCUGCAUUGUCUGUGGGAAUUCAAAGAAAUGUGCAAGGUUACUGCAACGAAAUUAACAAUACUUUAGCAAGUAUCAGAGAAGAAAAACCAACAAUGUGCGACUUUUCCAUUGUGUUGAGAAGUAUGGGAGUUCUUGUGAAGUAUGUAGAUUUUGAAUAUCAGACUGGCUUUUUGGAUACUCUGUUGAGUUUUCCUAUUAGUCACUUAAUACACCAUGGCAAGGUAAAGAAACUUUCCAAUGCAGGUAAACUGGUGAUUCAACUUGCUUCAGCUACAUUGUCAGGCAGAGAGAAUUCGAGGUCUCAAGGGAAAGAACUCUCUUUGUCCAAGAUGGCCACCAUAUUUGAUUUGCUGACUGUGUCAUCUGAUUCUUUCCUUGAAGACUAUUGUCAUCUGGCACUACAAAAAGAGAAGUCCUAUGCAGUGGUAGUCGGCAAAGAUCUCUUUCAUGGAUUGUUAAGAGAACUAACAGAGUCCAGAGCAGACAUAGUUCAACAUGUUUUGGGGAACAACGUUGCCUGUCGUCUGUUGUUUGAAAAAUGGACAAUUGAAAAUGAGAUUUUCUUCAAGGAAAACAAAGUGCUACUCACUAAACCUGUACAAGUCUAUUUGAUGACACUGAAGCAGAAGAAUGAAAAUUAUGAACGACAAACCAAAGUGUGUUUGGAUGUAAUCAGGAGAGUGUAUAUGAAGAAGAAAACCAAUGUUGUGUCAGAAAGUUCGGACUGCCUGACAAUAAUCCAUCUUUUGAUGCACAUGAAAGCUGUUGAUGACUCGGUGAUGUUAGAGUACUGGAAAGCGCUGUCACAUUCUACAGAAGCUGGAUCCAGUCUGAUGUGCGAACAUGUUGAAAUAAUCAUGCUCCUUCAUCAAAGACUGAGUCAAUCUGAGUGUAACAAGGAACAGACUCUCUUGCUGUUGAUGAGGAUUUUGAUGAACAGCUGUGCUAAAAAAGAAGACAGGAAUGUGAAGCUUGAAGAUGAUGUGCUGUUGUUGAUUGAACAGUUUCUUCAAUCUGAUGUCAUGUCACUGGGUAAUGCGAUGAAGGUCAUAUGGUCUCAGUUUGUGAAAGUCAGUCUCAAAUCCUUGUAUUUAAAUCCUAAGCUUCUGAGGAUUUUGUCUCAGUUGUUGUCAUUGGUGUAUACGGAGUCAGGUGACAUUUCUCUUCCAAUCACAUCUCUUCAUCAAAUGGCAAUGAGCCACUCCCAAUUUUUGCCAGUUAUGUUUGAUGAGAAGGGAGAUGAAAUUAAAGAAAGUCUGGUGUGUCUUCUGGUUGACCUGGUAGAGAGGAGUCCAGAAUGUUGUUCUACAUCACACUGUGGACUUCUGCUCGGGUCAUACAACGCAUCACUCUCCAUCACAGAUCAGACAAUUCUCAAACUCAUCUACAUCUAUGAGCAACAAGGAAGCUGGAUGAAAGACCAGAGACCAUUUCUAUGGGGUCCAAAAGCAAUAGAGCACUAUUCUGCAAGGAAAAACCUGGGACUGUCGCUAUGGAAACACCCAUCGAUGGAACAGGUACUAGACAAUCUUGAUGUUCAGAAGAUGUAUAGAUCCAUUCUUCACUUCCCUUUGAGAAGAAACAUUGUGCCUGAUGGAGUUUGUAGUGCCAGGGAGUUGCAGUCAAAACCUGAUGUUUAUGACCCCUGCUUUCUGCUGCCCCUCUUUAGCAUCUUGCUGUCUCCAGAUUCGGUAGCUGACUGCCGCAAGUUUGUAGAAUUGCACUGUCUUGGCUACACAUUCGCUGCUUUGAGCAGUCAUAUGCCUGACAUGAGGCGAGCCGCGUAUCACAUUCUCUCGGCAUUCAUUUACCAUCUGGAGGGGUCUCGCAUACAGGAGAGAACUCAGAUUACGUGUGUCCUGGAAGUGUUGAGGAACAGUUGUCAAGAGGCCAAUGUCAAGCUUGCCUGCAUCAUCAGUAUAUUUCUGGCCAAGGCAGCCAGGCAACAGUUAAAGAUUGAUGAUCACAUGUAUCGAAUUGUCAACACCUUUUUGACAUUAAAGCCAGACAUGGAUAUAGCUAAUGUUCCUGAGUUCUACAAACUGUUUCGCAGUUCUGUUCUGGAGUUCCGAGAAGACCGAUCGUGGAUCCUGUCUUUGUUGGUGGAUGGCCUGCGGGACACUGCAGAUUACCGAGUCAUGGAGAGAAGAUUCACGUUCAAACUGCUGCUGACAUUCCACGACUCGGCCCUCAGUGAUUCUCAGUGUCAGGUACAAGUUUUGAAGAUUGUCAGAUCUGCCUGUUCGGUGAAGACUGUGGCAUCUGACCUUGUGAAGACACAUGGACUGGUCACCUGGUUAAAUGCAGCCAUUUUAUCAAUGAGAGCGGAGAAGGUGUCUCUGAUAGCCGAGAUCCUGCACACACUGUGGUUUACUCUUCUGGAACAGUGGAAAACACCAGCCACAGAAGAACAAUCUUCACCAGCGCAGCACAAACAUGUACUGCCAUUACGGCUUAGCCGAGAAAUGCUUCUAUGUGUAAAAGGAUUCAUGCAAAACUGUGGGAGUUGUAGCUUGACUGCUUGGCUAAACCUGCUGGAAGUGAUGGUGUCCACAAUACAGAACAUCAACACUGUUAUGGGGAAACUCCAUGCCCAGGGUCACCUGAUCGACGUAGAAACACUCAGUUUGAAAGACGUCUGCUUUGUCUUGCUGCACAGUGCAAGACAUCUGCAUCAGGAUGAUACUGUCACCUUCACCUCAGACAUUCUUAAAGAUCUAGGGUAUGAACCGAAACUUGUUUCGCAAGACUCUUCAAAAUCUGACACCAACAGACGGCGAGUACCAGAGACCAGUAAUUCUGUGUCUCGUCAUGAGAUCACCGAGGAUGGGGAUGAUGAUCAGAAACCAGACAGCACUGAGGACAAAAAGAAACAAGUAGAUCAGGAACCUGUAGAUUCUACGAAUGAACAGAAAGACAGAAUAACAGAAAAUCAACUAAUGGUGAAAACUGUUGAAGCAUGUCUUUUCUGGAAUCCCAGUGAUGGGUGUGGUGCUGGAAUACAGGAACACACAGUCACUGGAAUCUUGGUUUCUGCGUCAUGGCUCUUGAGAAGCAUUGCCCUCAAAGACAGAGCUGUGAUUCACACGUUCCUAGAAUGGAUGAAGAAGCAUCUCUCGUCUGAUAACAGGGUUUCUAAGAUGUGUAUCGACAGGCUGUUAAGUGGCUCUCAUUUUACUGUGGGACUACUAAAUGGAAUGCUUGAUGUCUACACUUUUCUUUUGUCUGGAGAAGUUGAUGACUCACUGAAGCUAAAGGCUGUUGAUGUCCCUACUAACAAUGCCAGUUCUCAUUGUCUUGGUUUGCUGAACACCAUUGUACUUUCCCUGCUGAAGUCUGCAGCUGCAAAAACCAGCAUUUGGACUGAACUCUUAGAUCAUGUUAACAAAUGGAAGGAUGAAACAUCAAUGCGUGCUCAAGAAUUGCUUUCUCUAACAAUGAGGGAGUUUCUGAUGGAGUCACGGUUGACUGCUCAACCGAAGCCAAUCCUUCGAUGGUUCCCUCUCAUCAAAGAGGAGCUUCCUGCACUUCUUGAGAAAAACUGGACAUCAAAAUCCGAUAAAUCUGUACCAUGCGCUUGGUCCUCGGCCAAUUACAUCAGUAGCUCUGAGUAUGAUUCUGAUGAUGAAAUGACCAGCAGCAGUAAAUCGGAAUCCAGUCAGAAUGUGGCCAAGCAUUUGACCAAAUUGAAACACCAGGUUCGUGUCAAAAGAAAAACAAGUAUUGACAGUCCAAAAAAGAAUCUUAAAGAUGUGGCAUUUUCAAAGGUGAAAAGCACUUGCAAACGGUCAAAGUCAAAGCCUUUGCUGAAAGUAACCAGGAAACAACUGAAACGGCAUAAAUCGAGAUGAGUGGCAAACAUCAUAGUUUAUUAAAAUUAAUUGUAUUUUAGAAUCUGUAUACAGAAAUAUAACUGAAUUGUAUGUUGUUUAAUCAUCAGUGUACAUAUCUGUUUUGCUAAGUUCUAAAAAUAUUGAAACAUCCCUCCCCAAUCAUUAACUAUAUUUGUAUUUUUGAAGCUGUAUACAAAAAUGUUCCUAAAUUGUAUGUUGUUUAAUCGUCCGUGUACAUAUCUGGUAUUAUAAGUUCUAUAUUUAAAACAUAUGGGCCAAGAAGGAAGGCCUCUGGUUCACAGUAAAAUAAAUCGUAGAGUAGAUAUGGCAGUACGUGUACUUCAGAUGAAGUAAAUCCAGAUUGGCAAUUAAACACACUAAUACAAUCUCUACACAAGAAAUCUCUGCAAUGUCCAAAAAGUUUUGUUUUUUUCAGUGCUGUAUGACCAUUUUCUUUUUAUGUUCUUCUUGUGUUUGUAGAAUCUCCUGUAAAUGAAAAAACCCAUACCAUUUGUAACUGCAAAGUCAGUGGGGUUACGUUUAUUGUGAUAUAUCCUUCAAUCACUGUUUCCACUGACUGAUUAUAGUGACAGAAUAAAGCAAAUUAAUAAACUGCUACUAGCACAAUAUUGCUUGUCAGGUGACAUAAACCUGACUGGACCUGUGUACACAGGACUAAAUUUUCAGUUAUUUCGUUUUUGAUAUCAUUAAUUUCAGUACAGUAUAGGAUUAACAGAUUUGUUGUUAUUUUUGAUAGAUUGCAAGAUAAAAACAGGUCAAUGAUAUAGGUCAUUGAUUUUAUCCUGUUCACAAAUUUCAUCACAGGAUAACGCCAAUCACCUAUGUCAGCUUAAAACCUGUUAUUCUCUAUAUUUUAAGUUUAUUGAUCAACUUUAGAAUCAACGUAUCUGAAAUCAAUGUAGAUUUACUGAGAAUAAUCUUAAAACAGUUUAUAUAAGAAAAACAAGUGCAAGAAUGAACUAUUGUUCAAUCUACUUUGGACUGGUUUUUAAUUAAUAACAUGUACGGUAGAUAAAAUAUGGUCUUCAG